UUGUAAAUGUUGUAUGGCCUAUACUUAUAGCACUUCCGUAAGGGCAAGCUUCGGAUCGCUUCGGACGGGAUAAUGAACGGAGCAAUGGCUAUGGCACCAGCGUCCCAGAACAAUGCAGAGCCACCGAACAAGAAGCUCAGAAUAGAAGAUGUUACAGCGGAGAGACAGUACAGAAUCUGUGGCCUACGACUGAGCUGUGAUCAUGAGCGUGCGCCAAACAAAGAAAGAGAAUGCUACAUUCGUUGAACAGAACAAAUCAGAGUUUUGCAAACUCCACUGACACAGCAUCUAUUGUCGAGUACCAAAAACGAUGCGUAUUUUAGAUAGAUUUGUGCGUCGCCUCAAUCUCGGAUAGUUUGCGCACAACCAUCAUUGCUCAGCCCAGAACACGGUUAGCCGUUAAUCAAACGAUCGAACAAAGUUAACAUUCUUAAUUCGUGAAACUGCAAAAGUCGUUAAAGAGAAAAAGAAGCGUUUCAACGUGUUCUGAUUUCUGUUUCAGAGACUAGCAGACCAAAUUGGUUAUGAUCGUACGAAACCUAAUCUAGUUAUCGGUAGUCUGAUUUGUUUGAGGCUGAUAGUAUAAACAGUAAUGAAGUUUAAAUGAUAGAUAUUGAUGCAUUAAGUUGCAUCGAUCUCUUUUAAAUUUUAAUAUUGUUUUCUAUAAAAGUCUGGUCAUUAAUUGUUUGAAGUACAAAACAGAUUUUAUAUUAAUGGCGUGCAAGAAAAGAAGGAAAUUCCACUUUGUCCUUGAUGUGUAUAAAAUAUAUAUAUUAUACUUACAUAUUUUAUACAUAUUAUCUUGUAUUGUAAAAGUGAAAUAUUAUUGUGCCUGACUGUUUUAAUUUCUUUGAACUUACAGUUUGGAGGACGGUUCUACCGUGGGAACUACUGCACGACAUCGUUACUUUUUUCAUCUCUUUUUAAGUCAUUAUGUUGCAUUUUUUGUUGAUAGUAAAAUUUCCAUAGCUACUUAUGAAAAAUACACUUAUGAAAAACAAUAUAUUCGCACGGCAAAUAUUAAUCAAUUUUUAAAUAAAAAAAUUAGUAAUGCUAAUAUUUCAGAUUUUAUUUAAUUUGAACAGAAAUUAAGAAUAAAAGUUAAGAAAUCAAAACUGUAUUCCCUGUAAAAUUAUGUCAUUUUAGUACCUCUAUCGUCACGGCAAAUCAGGUUACGCGAAAUUUAGUAAUUUUUAGAAACAUUAUUACGUGUGUACGCACGCGUGUGAUGGUGGAGGUACUAAAUAAUUAAUUAUCGUGUUACACGUUUAUCUAAUACUAAGUUUCUUCGUAGGAAAUGCAUCAGAGUUCUUGCCAGGCCCUAUAUAUGAUCUUAAUCAAAUUGGACAAGUCGUUGCCGGACCUGGAGCUAAAUAUCUUACAUUACCUGGCAUUCUAGGUGCAGGUCUCCCAAAAAUUACCUCUGAACAACAGGAUACAGUAAAUAGAGCAAAGAAAUACGCGAUGGAACAGAGCAUCAAAAUGGUUCUAAUGAAACAGACGCUCGCGCAUCAACAACAGCAAAUGGCUAGUCAACGGAAUCAGGUGCAGAGACAACAGGCUCUCGCCCUCAUGUGCAGGGUAUAUGUGGGCAGCAUCAGUUUCGAAUUGAAAGAGGACACCAUCAGGCAGGCUUUCUUGCCUUUUGGUCCUAUUAAAUCAAUCAACAUGUCGUGGGAUCCUGUUACCCAGAAGCACAAAGGAUUCGCAUUCGUGGAAUACGAGAUACCUGAAGCAGCACAACUUGCUUUGGAACAGAUGAAUGGUGUCAUGAUUGGUGGACGUAACAUCAAGGUUGUGGGGCGUCCAUCAAACAUGCCCCAAGCUCAAUCUGUAAUAGACGAAAUUACGGAAGAAAGUAAACACUAUAAUCGUAUUUAUAUCGCGUCCAUUCAUCAAGACUUAACCGAGGAUGAUAUUAAAUCUGUAUUCGAAGCAUUUGGCCCUAUUACGUAUUGCAAAUUAGCUCAAGGAAGUUCACCUCACCGACACAAAGGCUAUGGGUUUAUCGAAUACGAAACAAUGCAAGCUGCUUUAGAGGCUAUAGCGUCUAUGAAUUUGUUCGAUUUGGGCGGUCAGUACCUGCGAGUAGGCAGAGCUAUUACUCCACCAAACGCUCUUAUGGGUCCACCAAGUGGAACAAGUAUGAUGCCUACUGCUGCGGCAGUUGCAGCAGCAGCUGCAACUGCAAAGAUUCAAGCAAUGGAUGCGGUAGCUAGCAAUGCAGUUGCUCUUGGCUUAACCAAGCUUGGAGCUGCUGCGCCACCAAUAUUAAAUCAAGCUUUACCCGGCAUAGUAAGACCUACGCUUGCUCCUGCUACAAUUAUGGCACCACCGACUAUAGCAACAGUAGCACCGGUUAUACCUCCACCAGGUAUAGCUAUACCACAAACGUUAACUCGACUACCGGCAAUUAUUCAACCAAUACCUGGACAACCAGUCGUUAUACCACCUCCAGCUGUCGUCACACCUACAAUAGUAGGAACACCAGUUAUACCAGUUACAACUACACCAAACUCCGACAUAAUGAGACGGGCGCAAGAGCAAGCAGCUCACCAAAAACAACAGGAAGAACUGCAAAAAAAAUUACUAGAGGAAACAGAACCACAAACGUUACAACAACAAGAAAAUAUGUCGAUUAAAGGUCAAAGCGCGCGUCAUCUUGUUAUGCAAAAACUUAUGCGAAAAGUCGAGUCCCGUGUUGUUAUUUUGAGAAAUAUGGUAGCUCCGGAAGACGUAGAUGAAAGUUUACAGGAAGAAAUCCAAGAUGAGUGCUCAAAAUUUGGAGUUGUAGAAAGAGUUAUUAUUUAUAAUGAACGCCAGUCAGAAGAUGACGAAGAUGCAGAGGUUAUUGUAAAGAUUUUUGUUGAAUUCUCACAGAUGAGCGAGGCAGAACGUGCAAGAGAUUCUUUGAAUGGCCGCUAUUUCGGUGGGCGAUUGGUAAAAGGAGAAUUAUACGAUCAAGCUCUAUUCGAUAAUAGCGAUUUUUCUGGUUGAUCAAGAAAUAUACAUUUGUCGUGCAUUGAAUUCCGUCAAUUUGACUGUUGACUGAUAUUUCGUACUACAGUACGCCAAGUACAACUUCUUACAAACUUCAACAAUUAUAAGUCUGUCAUUUUAUUAAGAAGCUUCGACCUAGAUUUCAAAUUUUAUAUCAUUAAAACUAUGUUUACAGUUGGUAUUUAAAAUUGGGAAUUAUUUUAUUGAAACCAAUAGACACACAGAGGGAUAGCCUCGUUCAACGCGAGGAUUGAAUUUGUAUCUCUAUAAUUAUCGAAGUUAUGUAAGGAGAGGAUAUUCCAUUUAAAUUUAGUAUUGAUGCUGUUACUUUUGUUUAUAUCAAUGGUGGUAUGCUCGAUAACAUACAAGACACCACACCUAAAUGUAUGUAUAGAAACAUAGGAUAUUAAUAAAUUGUUUUACGUAUAGUCUAUACUUCAUACAAACAA